AUCCCCAAAUACAGCGAGACGGACGUAUCUUUGUGCGUUUUCAACUUCUAUAUCGUCCUCCUCAGUAUGAGCCUAAGAUUACUGCAGAAGCUUAAUGUAAGAUUAAUCUCAGAUAAUUAUCAUCAUUUUAAUCAUCCAUUUCUGCAUCAUGAGUUAUUUGUAAGAAAUUAUUAUAACAGUUCAGAACUCGAGAGUUUUGUCAAGGAUGAAUGCAGGUCGGGAAAGAUCAAGAAACUUAAUGAUGGUUUAAAAUUCUUUAAGCAAUUGAUCUUGGAAAAGCCAUUACCAAAUACUGAUACAUUUAACCAUGUAUUGGGAUCAUUAUCAAAGAUUAAAUGUUAUUCAAAUGUCAUUAAGAUGUAUAAGAAGAUGAAUUUGGUUGGUGUAAAACCCAGUGUUUAUACAUUAAGCAUUUUGAUUAAUUGUUUCAGUCAAUUAGGACAAGUGAAUCAUGGGUUUUGUUUGCUUGGAUAGAUUAUCAAGAGAGGUCGUCACCCUGAUACAAUCUUUUUCAAUACACUGAUCAAAGGACUGUGUAUGAAGGAUGAGAUUGAAGCUGCCUUAAAAGUGUUCGGUGAAAUGUCUCAAACAAGUACGGGACCUGAUAGAUAUACAUGUAAUACUCUGGUACCUGGGCUUUGUAGGACUGGAAGAGUGGAUCGUGCUAUGGAGCUGAAAAACAGGAUGGGGGAAUGGAAUUGCAGCCCUGAUGUUGUUUCAUAUUGUGCCAUCAUAGAUACACUUUGCAAAGGAGGUUUAAUUGAUGAAGCUUUGGUUAUCUUCUCUGAAAUGCUUAGAGAUUCAAAUGUUGUGCCGGAUGUAGUUGUAUACAGUUCUAUGAUUAAUGGACUUUGCAAGUCAGGCCGGUUAAAUGAGGCAAAGAAACUCUUAGAUGAGAUGGAAAAAAGAGAUAUCUAUGCAAAUGUUUACACCUAUAGUUCUAUAAUUCAUGGUCACUGCCUACACAAUCAAUGGGACGAAGCGAGAAGAUAUGUUGAUGAAAUGAUGGAUCGAGGGAUUUUACCCGAUACUGUAACUUUUAGUAUAUCAAUAGAUUCACGUUGUAAAGAUGGGAUGAUGGAAGAUGCUUGGGUGUUAUUUGAACUGAUGGAGAAGUUACAUAUAAAGCCUGAUAUGUUUACUUAUACCUCAAUGAUCCAUGGUCUGUUUUUGUCAGGUCGGUUGAAAGAUGCGGUGAAACUGUUUGACUCGAUGCUGAAUAAGGGCCUUCAACCGGAUAUUACCACUUGCAAUAUGUUAAUCAAUGGGUAUUGCAAGAAUCGUAAGAUAGAUGAAGCUAUGCAGCUAGUCAAGAAAAUGAAACAAAAAGGAUUGCAACCCACAACAGUUACUUCCAGUAUACUAUUAGAGGGACUGUAUCGGGUUGGAAGAGUUAAGACUGCAAUGAGUUUAUUCAAUGAUAUGCCAUCUUUAGGUCAAUCUCCUGAUGAAGUUACAUAUGGUAUAAUGUUGGAUGGAUUCUGUAAGAACGGAAACAUUGAGGAAGCAAUGGAAUUGUUUGAAUCCAUGGAGCGUACAGGUGUCUCAGCUAAUAUUCACAUGUACAGUAUUCUUAUUUAUGGUUUUUGUCAGGCUGGUAAGUUGGAAGAUGCAAGAAGACUGUUCAACGAAAUUCCAAGAAAAGGAUUAGUGCCUGAUGUAAUAACAUAUACCGCAAUGAUGGAUGGCCUCUUUUGUAGGAAGAUGUUAUCUGAGGCUAGCAAAUUGAUCAUCGAAAUGGAGGAGAAGGGUUGUUUACCAGAUGCUGUAACAUAUAACACCAUCAUUAAGGGUUAUCUUAUUGCAAAAGAGACUGACAAGGCAUUGCAAUUUCUUUGCAAGAUGCGUGAAAGAGAAUUUUUACCAAGAGAUCCUGUCGUUUCCUUGUUGACAAAUACUCUCUCCGCAGAUGAGCUGAAAAAGUUGUAGUUUAUUUUUUGUUUUUUUGUGAAACCUAGUAAUUGUUGAGGUAGCAUGGAAUCUAAUUCUUAAUCAAUUAUUAACAUCGUUGGAUGAAUAUAUGGUAUCUUUUGGGGUCACACUCAUACGCCUCCCAUUUCAGUUGAAUUCAUUCAGGUAAACGAUGUAUGAAAUUUGCUCCGAGUUCAGUCGAGCGGUCUUCAAGCUGCUGCGGCGAUAAAAAUGUAGGUAUGACAGAAUGGCGACUAGAGAAGCUUG